GCAGCCGUCCUCGAUGGCAGAAGGGAGCAACAGGGCACUGCCCAGAUCAACAGCCAUCCCUCCGGCUGCCCUCCCAUGCUACUCCACUGCUGGCCGAGGAGCAGAUGUUUGCGCCUUGCUGAUAAGUAACGGCAGCAGGGAAGUAAAGUCCUUUUUCUCUCCCCUCCACGCUUGCAACCCUGCUAUGGGGCAGCACUGCCCACAGGGAUGCUGCAGGAUUUGGACCGUGCCGUGCCCGCUGUGCGCUGAUGCAGGCAGGAUGGUGCUGGGAGCAGCAGAGGGUGGAUGGCUCCUGCGCAGGGGCAGGCAGUGGCCCAUCUGGCUACAACAGGUCGCCCUUUCACAGGGGUUGCUGACCCACCGCAGCCCCCAGCACCAGCCAGCGGUUAAAAGGAGGGAUGUGGAGAUGGAUCUGUCCCACCGGUUCUCCAAGAGAGAGCUGGCCCUGCUCUACGAGGAGGUCCUCUACACCAUCCUGCACCGCCUGGGCAAGCCUGAGCACCACCACGUUGCAGAUUCCCAGGAGCUCUACGCCUACGUGCAAAAGGCUUUCGGCAUGGACACCGAGGAGCACAGCGUCAUCAUGCAGCAGGUCAAGGAGCUGGAGAGCCCGAUUUUCUGCCUGAAAGCGACUGUGAAGGAAGCCAAGGGGAUUUUGGGCAAAGACGUCAGCGGGUUCAGCGACCCGUACUGCCUGCUGGGCAUCGACACCAAGAGCCAGGAGCUGGCCCACCCCGAGCACAAGAGGCGGAUGAAGGCUGUGGUCAAAGACCUCAUCCCCGAAGACCAGAUCCAUCGCACCCAAGUCAUAAGCCAGACCCUCAGCCCAGUGUGGGAUGAGACGUUUAUCCUGGAGUUUGAAGACAUAGAGACAGCCAGCUUCCACCUGGACAUGUGGGACUCGGACACGGUGGAGUCGGUGCGGCACAAGCUGGGAGAGCUGACGGACCUCCACGGGCUCAAAAGGAUCUUUAAAGAUGCUCGCAAAGACAAAGGGCAGGAUGAUUUCCUGGGGAACGUGGUCCUUCGCCUGAAGGACCUGCACUGCUGGGACGACCAGUGGUACCAGCUGGAACCACGGACAGAGACGUACCCCAACCGGGGACAGUGUCACCUGCAGUUCCUGCUGACUCACAAGAAGAGGGCCACCACAAGCAGCCGGACACAGCCGAGCUACACUGUCCAUCGCCACCUCCUGCAGCAGCUGGUGUCCUAUGAGAUCCUUCAGCACCAGGCCGGCAGCAUUGCCUGGGACGGGGAGCUGAGCAGGCACGCCAGCACCGUGCUGUACCUGCACGCCACGCAGAAGGAUCUCUCCGACUUCCACCAGGUCAUGGCGCAGUGGCUGGCGUACAGCAAGCUCUACCAGAGCCUGGAGUUCAACAGCAACUGCCUGCUCCACCAGAUCACCAGCAUCGAGUACCAGUGGGCGCAGGAGCGCCUGAGGCCAGAGCAGAAAGCAGAGCUGGCCGAGUCCUUCCAUUCCUUGCUGACUUAUGGGGUCUCCCUUGUCCGGAGGUACCGCAUCAUUUUCCCCCUCUCUGUCCCAAGGUCCACCGAGAGGCUCCAGUCCCUGCUUCGGGUCCUGGUCCAGAUGUGCAAAAUGAAAGCUUUCCACGAGCUGUGCACGCUCAGCCCUGACCUCCCUCAGAUGGUUUCCGUGGCACUGAAGUCAGGCACGACGGAGUGGUUUCACAUGAAGAAGCAGCACCUCAAGCCCAUGGUGAAGAGCAUGGAGGAGAACGGCAAAGCUUUGUCCAGACUCCUCGUGGAGGUGGUAGCAGAUCUCCAGCAGUGCCAGAAAAUCUGGAAUAAAUUCUUCAUCAACACCUUGAAGUUGAAUCUCUUCUCCAUCGCCUACCUAGAGCUGGAGAACCUGGUCGCGGAGCAUGUCCAGGAGCAGCUGCAUGAGGUCGACAGCAGCAUGUCCAAGCCCACGGCUGAGAGCCUUUUCCAGCUCUACAUGAACCUGCAGGAGCUCUAUCGGAUGAAGGACUUCCUCCCAAAGAGGGAUGGACCUCUGGCUCUGAGCAACUUCCACCAGUGGUUCAAGGAAGCUGUGCCCCAGUGGCUGCAGAAGGCCUACACCAUCGCGCUGGAGAGGGCACAGAGAGCCGUCCAGAUGGACCAGCUGACGCCCUUUGGGGAGCACAACAAGCACAGCACCUCCACCGUUGACCUGUCCACCUGCUACGCCCAGAUCGUGAAGACCUGGCAGCAGCUCAGCUGGCCAGACCCCGAGGAAGCCUUCAUGAUCAUGGUGAAGCUCGUGGAGGACAUGUGCAAAAUCGCCCUGAUGUACUGCCGGCUCAUCAAGGAGCGGGCUCUGUCGCUGAGCGAGCAGAACGAGGGUGAAGCAGCCAACAGGCUCUGCAUCGUGGUGAACAACAUCAAGCAGCUGCGACUGCUGAUCCUGAAGCUGCCAUUGCAGCUGGACUGGGCCCAGCUGGAGCAGCGCACGGGGGCCGUCAUCGACCAGCAGCAGAUCCAGCACACGUUGCACAACCAGCUUGACAGCACUGUCUCCUGCCUGGACCAUGAGGUCCGCGACGUGGUGCAAGCCCUGGCCACCAAGCUGGAAAAGGGCAUCGCCAGACACAUCCAGGAGCUCUCGUCUUCCAGUGACAGCCGGGUACCUGAGGACUCCAUCAUCCCGCUCAUGAAGUUCCUGGAGUCGGAGCUGCAGUAUCUCAACGAGCAUCUGGUCCAGGAGAACUUCAAAAGCCUCCUCACCCUCCUCUGGCAUCACACCUUGGCCGUGCUCUCGGCAGCCGCGGGGCAGCCAGUCCCCUCGGCCCAGCGCUACAAGAAGCUGCACUGUGCCCUGAAGAGCCUGGAGCUGUGCUUCCACGCCGAGGGCUGCGGGCUGCCGCUGGAGACCCUCCACACUCCAGCCUUCCUGUCACUGGAGACCCACCUGGCCCUCUGCUCCUCCACCAGCCGCAAACUCAUCCAGAAAUACUUCAGCAACAGGAUCCAGCAGCAGCUGGACACCAGCUCGGAGAAGUACGGGGCCGUGACGAUCAAAGCGCUGUACCGGCCUUCAGAGCAGAAACUCCGCGUGGAAGUGCUCAACGCUGUCAACCUCAUCCCACUGGACUCCAACGGCUCAAGUGACCCCUUCGUCCAGCUCACCCUGGAGCCCCGUCACGAGUUCCCUGAGGUGGUGGCCCGGACCACCCAGUGCAAGAGGAACGAGCUGCACCCCCUCUUCGAUGAAGCCUUUGACUUCUUGAUCCCCCCUGAGAAGUGCCGGCAGGAGGGGGCCUGCCUGCUGCUGACCGUCUUUGACUAUGACACGCUGGGGACCAAUGACCUGGAGGGCGAAGCCUUCUUCCCCCUAUGCCACCUGCCCGGUCUUGACACCGAUGAGGACCAGGCUGAUGCGGGACGGGUGCCCCAGACCCGCCUCCCCCUGACCCACCCCAAACCCACCGGAGAUGAGAUCCUCCAGCUGCUGGAGUCCAGGAAGGGGGACAAAGAGGCUCAAGCCUUCGUUAAGCUCCGCAAGCAACGAGCAAAGCAGUCCAAGGAGGUGGAGUGAGGGAGGCGGAGGAAGGGGGUCCUGAAACGAGGGGAUCCGGCCAGUGGGACCCCAGGAGUUUUGCCAGUGCUGGAGAUGGAGCCAUCCACAGGAGAUGGGGGGACAGAGGUGGCCCCUGUGUCCCCCACCACCUCCCAGCGCCCAUCUCACCCCCACCUUCAGGUAGCGACGUCCCCGUGAUGAUGUGGAGGGUGGGCACACUGUGUUUCAGGGUUUUCUUUGCAUGUCUGGACUAGCAACACUACAUGGGGAUGUGAAAGUGUGUGGCUGUCCCUGCCUGUCCACCAUUAGCUUGUCACUGCCGGUGCUGCGUCUCCUGGUCAUGUCCCCAAGCCUCCUGUCCGCAACACUGCGUCAGGGCAAUGCAAACACGUCGGCAUUCAGUUGGGGUGGGCACAGCCUGUGGCCAAACCUGCCUUCCACCACCACCCCCCCCCCUCCUUUUUUUUCCUCUUUCUCUUGUGGAUAAACCUCUUAUUUUAAAUUAAAAGGAACAAAGCUGA